AUGGCCUUUCAAAAGAGUAAUCUGCGUAAGAUUACUCCUGGUGAAGGUGUGAAUAAACCUCCCGUGAAAUCCAGUGGUGGUGCUAGUGGUGGUGGAGGAGGUGGAUUCGACCUGCUCCAGUCACUUGCCCAAGCAAUGGAGAUGAGACGUAAUCGAAUGUGUAGUAAUGAAAGUGGAGAGGAGUCUGAUGCAAAUUCUGUCCCAGGUGACGCUGGGUCAGAUGAUGAUUGGGAAACAUGA